AAGAGACAUAAUAGAAACAGGAGGAAGAGAACAAUAAGGGAAAAGGAAGGGAAGAAGAACAAGAAUAUAUGAAGACAACAUCUCCAAAGGACAGAAACAGAAUAAGACGAGGACAGAGUUGAAGACGUCGAGGAAAACGGAGCUGCAGGACAAGAAAAGCGCAGCUACGCAAAAAGAGACACAGCUGUCUGAGCAAGAAAAAAAAUGGAGACUCUAGUUGCCGUGCUCGUCCUGCUCCUCCCCUUCUCCCUGUGCUCCACAAUGCACCUACCGCUGGACUGUAGCGACAUCCAGGAGCGCGAUCACACCAAACGCAGCGGCAUCUACAACAUCUUCCCUGGAGGACCCGCAGCGCCUCUACAGGUCUACUGUGAUAUGACUAGAGACGGAGGUGGCUGGACGGUUUUCCAGAGAAGGAAGGAUGGCUCAGUAAACUUCUACAGGAGAUGGGAUCUCUACAAACAGGGCUUUGGUGACAUAAAGACAGAGUUCUGGCUAGGCCUGGACAGCAUUGCACUGUUGACCAUGAGGAAGAAGAAUGAGCUGAGGGUGGACAUGGAGGACUGGGAUGAUAACGAGGCGUACGCCCAAUACUCCUCCUUCUCUGUGGACCCCGAGAUGUUAGACUACACAUUACACCUGGGCCCAUACCUGAGGGGCAACGCAGGUGAUGCUUUGAAGAAGCACAACGGCAUGAAGUUCUCCACCUACGACAAAGACCAGGACACUCAUGAUGAGAAUAACUGUGCCAGUCACCACAUGGGCGGUUUCUGGUACGCAAACUGCAAUGAUGCUAACCCUAACGGCCUGUACAUACCUGACUCAGCCUCUCCACACAACAACGUCUAUGUCAGCUGGAACUCUUGGAAAGGACCCACCUACUCUCUGAAGACUAUAACCAUGAAGAUGAGGGCGCUGUCCAAGUGUCCCAGUUAGAUGUUGUUUAUGUCUGUGAAGUUGUUGCCUGAUGUGUAAACUCCAAUGGUGUGUUCCAAUACUCGUACUGUCCGCCCUUUCCGCAUUGUGUUUGGGUACGCAGGGUGUUCCAUUUCUAAUCGCGACGGUAAAGUGUACUGUUAAUUACCCGGAUAACGCCCCCAAAACGGCCAUUUUUUGAAGUGUGGAGUUCCUGUACACUUUUCGCACUCAACGGCCGCCAUGUUUGUUACGUAGUUGAGUGUCUGUCAAACGGCUGAAUCUCUGUGAUAACAGCAUAGUUUUGAUUCCAAAGACAAUCGCCAUGUGUAUUACAGGCAGGGGUAACUUUAAAAAGUGUCAGCAUAACGAACACUGCCUUCCGUGUUGAAUUGCAUAUUGGCGGUUGGUAAACUCGGAUGACACGCGACCAACCGUCAUUUCCGUUAAGUGUAUCAGACAGAACGGGAAUUGGAAUGUACUCGCCUCGUGAAUCGCGGAGGGUGGAAAGGGUACUUCACUGCACUCAAAUAAGGUACACAGUACAGAGGGCGAAUAAUGGAACACACCACAAGUGUUGGGUAUUUACGUAUUCACACUUUCAUGAAUGUAACAUACAAGACUAUAACCAUGAAGUUGAGGGCGCUGUACAAGUGUCCCAAAUAGAUUGUUUGUUUGUUUAUUUGUUAGAUGUUGCAGUUAGAGGUGUUAAGUGUCAGGUAUUUUCCUAUUCACACUUUUAUAAAUGUUCCAUUUAAUACUUACACUUACUCUAUGAAGACCAUUUGCUUGAAGAUGAGGGCGCUGUCCAAAACCCUAUUCCGAAAGGACUAGUUUUAUGUAUGGACAUGGGGAAAUGUGACUUUAAUCUCAGGACGUCGGUAAAAGAAAUGGCCAAUUCGGACUGGAUUGUAAUAUCUCAGUAAACUAACAGAAAGUAGGAGGGGUUACUGAUCACGCACCGUUGUGACUGCACUUGACGUUACAUGCCUGUUGGUUUACUAACUCAUCAAAAACCAUUCUAAUGCGUCUACAUGCGGAGCCCAUUCUCGUGAAAAUCAACUACAAGCUUCGCGGUGCCGCUACGAUAUAGCCUCAUUUUACGUAGUUGGGCAACGCGCUGUCGUCGAGAAAGGGUGAGAGAGAGCGAGUGAGAGAGAGAGACCACCCGAGCAGCGUGCAUGCAUUCCGGUAGGGGAGCGCUGCCGUUGUGUCAGCUUCAUGCCAUGUCUCCCUUCCUCCAACAUUAUCCCUAACCUUAACCCUAACCCUAACCUUAACCCUAAACUUAACCGUAAAUCACUUGUUUGAAAUGUUUGAUUACCGUCGUUUCCAGUUAGCCUUCAGUCGUGCUUGAUUGUUGACGUCCGUCCGCAUUAUUCUUCCCCCCAGAACCAAACUACCCCAAUUGUCAGUUCCCCCUUCCGUCGCCCAACCACAAGAAACGAGGCCAUACGUAAAGGCUUAAAGUUGAUUUGGUCUGUUUUUCUCAUAAAGACUUCACGUAUGACGCGAGUUACUGUUGACAUGCGUGUCCUUUCAUUUGGACAGUGCGUUUGACCAUGCUGUGCGUUUGACCAUGCUUUUGACAGCGAACACAGCUUGGAAAAACUCCCUAAAACAAAACUAACUGUUUACUGCAAGUCAGUAGGCCUAAUGUUUGUGCGUUUCCUGCGCUUAACCAUACAUCUUUACAUAGGGUCACAUUCGGACAGGAUUAGUAGUAACAAGGGUAAUUUUCCUCUACCGUUUUACAAGAGGUAAAACUUGCGGUGAAGUUUACCCGACAUACUUCGCUAUCUUUACCAGACUGGCCCGUUCGGACAGGAUUACAUUUCCCGGUUAUUAUUACUUUACCCCAGGUCCUCCCAUUAAACUAGUCCCUUCGGAAUAGGGCUCAAGUCUCCCAGUUAGAUGUUGUUUAUCUUCACAACGAAAUUAUCUUUUCUGAUUGGCUGAUGGGUUGAUCAUUUGUUAUGUCGAACCGGUCAAGCGUCUUGAACCCGUGUAAGUUGUUAUCAUGGAAUGUUUAUUUGGAAUGCCGACAGUAAGGAAUAACACUAUAGGAAUCAUACACAUGAUCUAUGGAAACACAAAUAAUAACACCUUCCACAUUCCAAAAGAAGAUUCUGGGCACAUCUAACUUAGUAAAUGCUUAAACGCAUCUGAUGGUGUCUAUCUUGCUCACUAGAUUCUGGUGCAGUUAGCAUGGUUGAUACAACUUUACAGACAGUGAUAGAGUUUGCAUGUCACCGAGCAGCAUAGUUUUUCUUGUUAGCAUUUAACGGAUAGUUCACAAGGACCGACUCUCUAUGGCAGAAUAAAUGGUGUCUCGUGGACCAAUCUCAAAUAAGGUGUGAGUGAAAACACGCUAUUAGUGAACCCCCACAUUCUAUGGAGAAUAAUAGAUGGGAGGGACGACAGGUUUGAUCAUUUGAUGUCAAACGGCAACGUAAAUACGAUGUUGCUGUCAACAUGCUAAAACAACAACAACAACAUCAAACAAUGCUGGAUCGCUAGGUUGGCUAUUGGCAAGUCAAGAGAGGCGUGAGAAAUACAAUUGAGAGGGAAAGUGGAAAACAGCGAUCCUAGCGGUUACGUUCCAAACACCAGUGCUAUCCUAUUGAAACUCCCAUAGACAAGUUUUUUAAAAAAUCCCACAAAGAUAUGACUAGGAACUAAAACACCAUUUUUCAGCGUACACAAUAGGAUGAACUACUACCUGUGAAAAUCCUAAGUCAUUUUUGCCCUUUUAAGAAAAAUAGAAAUUGUGCCAAUUUGGUCGGAAACGGACUACAGCUCCCAGCAUGCUGUGCUUCGCGCCUCGUUGACAACACAGAGAAACAAAUGGACGCAAAUGAAUGCAAGUUCUUCGCAUAUCUUCACAUUCUUGUAAUCCUGUGAGUUCCAUAUUGUCUUCUUAUUACACAUAUAUACACACGAUUAUUUUGGUUUGGUUUUAACUUCUCUAGUAGAUAUGAUGGCUUCUGUGGUGAUGAGUAACCACCUCUCUGGCUCAUGUUUGGCUAUGCUAAUUUGGCUAUGCUAAUUACAUGGAGUAAACACGUCACACAUGCCAGUCAGUGUAGUUCUGUAUUAGCUUUUUAAAGAAUAUUAAAAUCAGUUCAGAUCAGUGAAAAAACGAACAUUUUACCACCUGAUUCGAUAAAACGGGCCAACAUGCAUAUUAUAUGACUGCCACUACUUCUACUUCGUCGUCAGGGCCGAGAUGUAAUUUUUCAAAGAAAAAUAUUCAUUUGUUGCAGGGGCUUGGAACGUUGCCAGCAGGGGGCGAUGAGAUUACUUUCCCUCCCAAUUACAUGUUGAAAUUGGCAGGAAUUUUCAUUUAAACAGUUCCAUGUACAACAAAACUAAUACAUUUAUGAUAACUUUUCUUGUAUUAAUACUCUCAAUAAAAAUAUCUGGGUACAAUAUUUGUGUAUGUGUGUUGGGCACAGAAAAGGAAUUAGGUUCUUAAGGAACACGAGAGAAGAGAAAAAAGGAGGAGGAAGACAUUGCAGCCUAUACUGUGAAGUGACUUGAGACAC